AUGUUUGAGUCGAGGGACUACAUUUCGGACUAUGAAUCCGAAACCUCCAGCAAUAUCGAUCGUGACAGUGAGAUAAGCCAAUCUGACAUACCUCCUUCUAAAGAUAAGGAGCUAUGGGAAAAACCUGCCAGGCCUCGUUUCCCAGCUUAUGGAAACUCGAAAGCGGUUUUGGACGCAGAGAAUAAAAGAGCAUACAAUUCAACUAUCCGACAUCACCUGUUAAACCUUGAUGCUUUCGAACGUCAUAAGAAGUUGGUGAAUGACUAUUUGCAAUAUUACGGUGGAUCAUGGAAGGACUUCCAGCGUGACACUUCAAAGGAUAAGACAGAUAUUGACGUUAUAAAAGAGCAUGGGAGGUUUUUGUGGUCAGAAGAAGAUGAAGCGACAUCAUGGUCCGACCGUCUUGCUAAAAAAUACUGGGAAAAACUAUUUAAAGAGUAUUGCCUUAUUGAUUUAUCACGUUACAAGGAAAACAAGUUUGGUAUGAGAUGGAGAUUAGAAAAAGAAGUAAUUUCCGGUAAAGGUCAGUUCACUUGUGGAAAUGUAGCUUGUCCAGCUGGAUCUGAACGUCUUCGUAGUUGGGAAGUGAAUUUUGUCUAUCAAGAACGUGGUGAACGACGUAAUGCUUUGGUCAAAAUACGUUUAUGUCCUCCUUGCUCUGAAAAGUUGAAUUAUCGAUAUCGGAGACGAGAUGUUACUGGUAAACAGUUAAAUUUACACCAAGGUCAUGAUGAACGCAUCACCAAUCCACAAGAAACAAAUAAUGGUGAUGAUAAGAAUAUAGAAUCUUCAAGUACUUCCCCUUCCUCAAAGCGUCCACGUAUCGAUGACGCUAACGAUAAUUGUGACAAUGUCAAAUCGUUAUUAUCUGAAGAUAAAUCUGCCGAUCUUAAUUCAGUAUGGUGUUGUCAAUCGGGACAGAAUAGCAGUAAAAAAUCCACUGCUACGAGUUAUGCUGGUGGUACCAUCAAAACACAGGGUGAUGAAUUUGAUGAAUAUUUUGCCGAUAUGUUAAUGUAA